AUGGCCCUCAGCGAGGGCCCGCGCGGGCCCGCGCUCAAGGCGAAGCCCGCGGGCGACGGGAAGCUCAACCUCGUCAGCGGCGACGGCGGCGGCGACGACCCAAGCCUGAUGCACCACCUGCUGAAGAUCGGCGGGCAGCUGCACGUCGUGACGUCGCAGAGCGGCGGCGAGAGGAACGCGGAGACGGGCGAGAAGGCGCCCACGCUGCUGACGCUGAAACCGAAGCUCGGACCGUUCAGCGGUCAGAUCCGCACGUUCGGAUACGUCGGCGCGUUCGUCGCCGAGCUCGCGGCGCUCAACGAGCUCGCCCAGAGAGAACAACGCGGGCACGCCGCGUCGCCGGUCCUGCGCGCGGUGAUGCGACCGACGGAGCACGUCCCGGGGUCGUGGGGGCCCGCGCCUCUGCCCGAGGAAGACUUCGCUUUAAUCUCCGGCGAAGGCGCGCCGAAGGCGAACGCGUCGCAGAAGAACGCGGUCUGCGCGCUGUCCGCCGCGCUCGAGAAGAUCCAGGGCCCGCCGGGGACGGGGAAGAGCACGACGAUAUACCACGUCGUGACGCAGAGGGUGCCGAAGGGCGAGCGGGUCCUUGUCACGUGCAGCCGCAACGUCGCCGUGGAGUCCAUCGCGCAGAAAUUGAAAGGCGCGUUCUCCUUACACUGGUCCCCAUACGACCGCGUUCGCGUGGUGAACGCCGAUCCUUAA